AUACUUUUUGCACACAGCAUUUACCGCCGUGUGAGAGGGUAUAAAGACACGGUUUUUUGAAAUCCAAAUCUGAAGACUACAAAAGCGAUAUUAACGGGUUUUAGACAUGAAGCAUUUCGCCAUAUUUGGACUUGUGCUCUUUGUGUUGUUUUCAUAUGUCUGGUCAAACCAUGUUGGCAAGAAAAGGAUAUUUUCAACAGCAACAGGCGCGGAGCUAUGUCCAAAACCGGCAGAUGUUGCGUUCAUAAUCGAUAGCUCUUCAAGCAUCUGGUUCAAGUAUUUCAAGAUUCAGUUAGAGUUCGUAAACAAACUUAUCAAAACCUUUAAAAUCAGUCCGACAGACACGCAAGUUGCCGCUCUCACGUUUAGCAAAAACGUUGUUAAACAGUUUAAUUUUAAAGACUUCAAUAACGAGGAGGACGUACUUAAAAAGGUAUCAACGAUCAAACAGGACAACGGGGACCAGACAAAUACACACAAGGCACUCGAAAAGGCGUUGAGUGACCUCUUUGCUCCCGGAAACGGCGUGCGCGAAAAUGUCCCGAGAAUUUGUAUUUUGCUCACUGAUGGAGACAGCACCUAUCAAACUGCAACACUGGCAGCUGCACAGGCUGUGAAAGAUGCCGGAAUAAAAAUCAUCACAGUGGGGAUCGGACACAAAGUAAAUACUAAUGAGCUUGAGGCUAUAGCAAGCUCCCCAGCUAAGGAAAAUUUCUUUAAAGUAGAAAAGUUCGAAGAUCUGGAGACCAUGGGAUAUGACAAACUUGUUGGCAAACAAGCAUGUCCAAAACCACAAACAACGACAACAACUACAACAACACCGGAACCAACAACGACAACGGCAACAACGACUCAAACAAAAACAACGACAACAACUACAACAACACCGGAACCAACAACUACAACAACUACAACAACGACAACAACGACAAAAACGGCAACAACGACUCAAAGCGUGACAAUCGUGACUCGGGCCGAGACUCUAAUCGUUAUCGUCCGAACACCAAUGAUCGCCGUGAGCCCGAUUGGUGUGAUAACGGUGACAGACGAGAUACGAGGUAUGACUCUCGCCAGUCAGACUACCACGGGGACUACCACGGGGAUCGUGAUGGUUCAAUGGGCCGCUCUUAUCGUGGAUGCCUGCCAAGGUAAGGAGGCAGGCAUUGUGUUCAUCGUGGACAGUUCAUCCAAUAUCUGGAAUGUUGAGUUAGAGACACAGACAACCUUUUUUGCCGACGUCAUAAGCCACUUUGACGUUGAGAUGGGAAAAGUAGAAAGGUUAGUUGACAGAGCCUCAUCAUCAACCUUGCUCGAUCACAGACGGGAUGCAGUGCGUGCAAUCAAAGCAUUGUCACGGAAAUUCCGGCUGGAGGUUGGAACCUUGGCCAUGGACACCUUGCUUAAAGUGCUGGAGAUGGACAGCUCAGACUCUGAGAUCACUGGCUAUGCCUUGGAUGCACUCUGCAAUGUUAUGUCCAAUGAGCCUAUGGAUGAUGAAAUUCUGCAGCCUGGUGGAGAUGACCUAGGGGCUCAGUUCACAGAAAUCUUCAUCAAGAAGACUGACAAUGCCUUACUGCUCCUGAACCAGCUCACAAGAGGCCAUGCAAACAUACAGAAGAUUGUUGCCUUUGAGAACGCCUUUGAGAGACUUCUUGAUAUCGUACAUGAAGAAGGGGCUUCUGAUGGAGGCAUAGUGGUGGAGGACUGUCUGUUGCUGUUGCUGAACCGUCUCAAUGGCAACUCGUCCAACAAGAACUUCUUCCGCGAGGGCAGCCAUGUUAAUUGGUGCGAGCCCUUGUCUCCCCCAGCAACCUCAGCAGCUAACAACAAACUGUCAGAAGAACAUGUACACCUGUGGGUUUCACUGGAUUAUUCUGGAGACAGUGACUUUGCGACGGAUGUCCAAGAGAAAAUGGUUGAAUGCGCGGCAGAUCUACUGUCCGGAAUCAGAACUUCUUUCGGAAAUGUCCGCCCAGAGGUCAACAGGGUAUCGGUCCAGAUCGUGUCCGGAAAGAUCGAUGACAUAGACAAGGCCUAUUUGGAAGCUAUGAGGCUUAAAUACAGCACUCGAGUUAUCGUGGUUGGUGUGGGGAAGUUAACAGACAGGGAGCAGCUGAUAAGAUUGGCCAGCUAUGUGCACAAUGCAAAGACUGAUAUAAGCACGUGUUCCCAGUCGACUCUUCCGCUGACCUGUCUGACAUUUCCGAGUUGUAGUGGGCGUGGAAGCCUUAUAAGCGAAUCCGGUAGCGUUGUGGACUAUAGCAAAAUGGCGAACAAAAGCGACGAACCCACUAUUCGUGAUGUUAUGGCGCUAUUGACAACCGUCAGUAGUCGCUUGCAGUGUUUAGAGGCGAAAAUGAACGUUAUCGAGUCAAUUGAAAAACGAAUGGAGAACUUCGAAAGGGACAUUAAAAGGCUGUGGGUGGUGCACGAAGACAGGUCCAAGAAGGUGGUAGAGCGGAUAUCCCGGGUGGAAGACAAGGUGGAAGGGGCAGACAUUCAUGCUGCGGAGUUAGCGGAGAGGAUACAUGGACUUGAGGAGGAGCGUGAUACACUUCGGGACAACUUUGAAAGAGUGCAUCGACCCCCAGGAAUGCCGAUACAUGGCAAAGUAAGAAACAUUGUCGCCAAGUUUACGUUUUUUAAAGACCGGGAAAUGGUUCGGAAAAGGUGGAAGGGACUUGACGGUACAGCGUACCGCGUCUUUGAACAAUUCCCCCUGAAGGAGGCGAGGCGGCUAGUUUUUUUGCUGACGGUAUGGACGGCGGCAUCCCGCUUGCGUGCGCUUGACCAAAGUCUUGCACAGAGAAUCGUGCCUGGUGACGUGUCCAAACCAAAACAUCUUUUGUCGUUUCAUGGUCGCCACAAGGGAUAUUUGAUGGCCAAGAAGUGCGCACUGCUGUCAUGUUUCGGACAUACUCUUACGUUUGUGAUCUAUGUAGGACAUGCGGAGCAGUCGUCAUCGACAUUUGUGUUUAAUCUUGUAUCAGCCUUUCUGUGUUCGGCUAAAGUGUCCAGGUCUCGCAGACAUCAUACUCAGAAUUUAUAUGCGAGGUCGAUACAGUCGGAGUUAGAUCGUAAAAUGUCGCCAACGUAUAUGCUUGCGCUUUUCAUGGUAUUUUCUACAGCUGCUGGCAAAGAGUUAUGUCCAACACCUACAGAUAUUGCGUUCAUAAUCGACAGCUCUAGAAGCAUCUGGUAUAAGAAUUUCAAUCUUCAGUUGGAGUUCGUCAACAAACUUAUCAGCAAGUUUAAAGUCAGUCCGACAGACACGCAAGUCGCCGCUCUUACGUUUAGCGACAAUGUUGUCAAACAGUUUCAUUUUAAAGACUUUAAUAACGCGGAGGACGUACUUAAAAAGGUAUCAACGAUUACACAGGACAACGGGGGUCAGACUAAUACACACAAGGCCCUCGAAAAGGCGUUGAGCGACCUCUUUGCUCCCGGAAACGGCGUGCGCGAAAAUGUCCCGCGAAUGUGUAUUUUGCUCACCGAUGGAGACAGCACCUAUCAUACUGCAACACUAGCAGCUGCACAGGCUGUGAAAGAUGCCGGCAUAAAAAUCAUCACAGUUGGGAUCGGAAACGAAGUAAAUAUUAAAGAGCUUGAGGCUAUAGCAAGCUCCCCAGCUAAGCAGAAUUUCUAUAAAGUAGAAGAGUUCAAAGAUCUGAAGACCAUGGGAUAUGAAGAACUUAUUGGCAAACAAGCAUGUCCAGAACCAAAAACAACGACAACAACUACAACAACACCGGAACCAACAACUACAGCAACGACAACAACGGCAACAACGACUCAAAUGCAGCAAGAAGAGCCAGACAAAACCUGCCAAGGUAAGGAGGCAGACAUUGUGUUCAUCGUGGACAGUUCAUCCAGUAUCUGGAAUGUUGACUUCGAGACACAGAAAACCUUUAUUGGCGACGUCGUCAGCCACUUUGACGUUGAGAGUGGGAAAACUCGGGUCGCCCUGAUAGCGUUUAGCAACGAAGCAGUGGUUAAAAUACAUCUCAACCAAUACAGUACAAGAAAGGAACUUAUCUCAGAGAUCGCUAAAGUUACACAACCAGGUGGUAGCACCAACACUCACCUUGCACUUGAGUUGAUGCUCAGGGAAGUCUUCUCGACAAAGAAUGGCGCAAGGCCAGGGGCAGCUCAUAUUGCUGUGGUCAUUACGGACGGGGUAUCAUCCAGGCCGGACGAGACAAUGCAGCAGAUUGAGCUCACGCAUAAAAGCGGAGUCUAUGUGUUUACUGUUGGUGUUGGAAACAAGACUGACAAGAGCGAACUGGAAGCAAUGGCCUCCAAACCUGUGUCUGAUUUUUCAUUCGUGGUCAAUGGCUACGCCGCACUUCCGAAAAUUAGGGAUCUUUUAGCCUUCAGGACAUGCAAAGGUAAUCAGUAA